UCCAAGAAGAGAAGCUGCCAUGGCCGCCACCACCACUGCUCGCCUGCUCUGGGGCCUUCUCCUCAUCCAUGGCCUUCACUUUGCUCACUCACAGGUUCACAUAGUUUAUCUAGGCCACAGCCAUGGCCGAGACGAUCCUCUUCUCACCACAAGACGCCAUGUCAGACUCCUCUGCAAUGUUUUCUCCGGGCGAGAAGAAGCAGAGGAGGCCAUGGUGUACAGCUACACGCAUGGCUUCUCUGGGUUCGCAGCCGUGCUCAAUUCGACGCAGGUACUUGCACUUGCAGGCUUCGAGGAGGUGAUCUCUGUGUUCCGGAGCAAGACGCUGAAGCUGCACACGACUCGGAGCUGGGAUUUCAUGGGACUCGGCUGGUUAGGGAGCCAAGGAAUCAGCAGCUCCUUGCAGUUGGACCAUGGACACGACAUAAUUGUCGGCGUCUUGGAUUCUGGCAUUUGGCCGGAAUCCGACAGCUUCAAGGAGCCUCCGCUUAUGCCGCCGGUGCCGGCGUCGUGGCGCGGGGGGUGUGUGAGAGGGGAGAGCUUUGACCCCAAGAAGGCCUGCAACCGCAAGCUCGUCGGUGCCAAGUACUACGUCGCCGGGUUCGAGCGGGAGUACGGUGCGCUGAACACCACCGGCGAGGCAGAGUACCGGUCGCCGCGCGACCGCAUCGGGCACGGCAGCCACACGGCGUCGACCGCCGCGGGCUCCGCGGCCGCCGGCGCGAGCUACUUCGGGUUCGGCCCGGGCGCUGCUCGCGGCGGCGCGCCGCGUGCGCGAGUCGCGGCGUACAAGGUGUGCUGGUUCCGGGAGAUGGACGGGGCGUGCUCGGAGGCGGACGUGCUGGCGGCGUUCGACGAGGCCCUCCGGGACGGGGUGGGGGUGAUCUCGGUCUCGCUGGGCUCGCCGCCGCCGCUGAUGGAGCUGUUCAGGACGAGCACGGACAUCGGGGCGUUCCACGCGGCGCAGCUGGGCACGCCGGUGGUGUUCUCGGCGGGGAACAACGACGACCGACUCCCGUCGCUGGUGCAGAACGUGUCGCCGUGGAGCAUCUGCGUGGCGGCGGCCACCAUCGAUCGAACCUUUCCAACGCAGAUCGUGCUCGGCAACAAUCUCUCAUUCACGGGUGAAGGAUUUAUUAGAAAGGAGAUGAAGGCAAAACUAGUAGAAAGCAUCCAAUUAUUCACUGAUGGGUCCUGCAACAUCGAGCGGUGGAACCGGACCAGGCGGGCCCCCGGGGCCAUCAUCCUCUGCUUCGCCGCCAUCGGCGACACCUCCAGCGCCUUCGCCGCCCUGUCAGUUCUUAUCGCCGUCAACGCCUCCGCCAUCAUCUUCGCCGAGUCCACAGGCACCCCCACCGCCACCGACGACCUCCUACCGUCCGUCCAUGUCGACCUCCGCCAGGGCACUCAGAUCCUCCACUACAUCCGAUCCUCACGGAAUCCGACGGCGCGAAUCAUGCCGAGCAGGACCGCCAUCGGAAGCUCACCGGCUCCUUCCGUUGCGUACUUCUCGUCGAGAGGGCCCAGCUCUGUGUCUCCGGACAUUCUCAAGCCCGAUGUGGCUGCUCCCGGAGUGAACAUACUGGCAGCGUGGUCUCCUAAAUCCACCCCAACGUACUUGUUUCCAUACGACCGACGGUCUGUGAACUGGAACUUCAACUCCGGCACCUCCAUGGCGUGCCCCCACGUCUCCGGCGUUGUGGCCCUCAUCAGAUCGGUCCACCCGGACUGGUCUCCGGCCAUGAUCAAAUCUGCUCUAAUGACCACAGCGUACACGAGCGAUACGAGCGCCGACAGGAUAUUGUCCGGCGGGGCGGCGAAGCCGGCCGACGCCUUUGACGUCGGCGCCGGCCACAUGGAUCCGCUGAGGGCAAUAGACCCGGGUCUCGUCUACGACAUGCAGACCAGAGACUACGUCGUCUACCUCUGCAGCUUGGGCUACUCGGAAGCCCAGAUCAAGAGCAUGCUUCUCCCGUCGCCCAGCGUCGACGUGAGCUGCGCCGCCGGAGGGAAGCACUCCGACCUGGAGCUGAACUACCCGGCGAUCGUCGUGUCGGAGCUGAGGGCGACGGUGACGGUGAAGCGGACGCUGCGCAACGUAGGGCAGAACAGGCACGCGGUCUACUUCGCGGCCGUCGUCAGCCCCCACGGGGUCAGCACGGUGGUGUGGCCGCCGCUGCUAGUCUUCUCGGGGCAGGAGGAGGCGUCGUACUACGUGACGAUGUCGCCGGCGAAGAGAUCGCAAGGCAGGUACGACUUCGGGGAGAUCGUGUGGUCGGAUGGGUACCAUCGCGUGAGGACUCCGCUCGCUGUUCAGGUCACGAACAGCAAGGACGGAGGCCCUCAUUCCAUGUGAUUUCUAUUAAAUUUGCUUCAAACUCCACUGCAAGUCACUGCCAUUAUCUA